GUUGCAUCUUUAGUCACCCUCCGACAGCAGCACGUCGCGGCGCGAAAUCUCGAAAACUCGUUGGAAAAAAUCCCCGUUUUCCCACUACCAUCACCGAGAAAAACUUAAGUUUCAGGCGGCUGAAAACCUUUCAGCGAUGUUUCACACAGUCGGGGCAAAGAGUGGCGGACUUGCAGUGAUAAAAAAGAAAGUGAUGUGGUGAUAAAGGCGGAAAAGUGCAACUAAAAUGCACUAUUAUGCCGGAACUGGUUAUGCCCAUUGCCGGUCUGGAUCCGACUCUGGACUCCAUCGCAGGAAUUUCCGGAGGGAGCAAGAGCCCUUCGACAGUGGCGAGUCCACGCUCUCGGAACUCGAUGAGUCGGAGUCAGGGUCAGGAUCGGGGAUUGAAGUCGACCCCAAUCUUCCGUACCCGGGAAUAGCGCCGAUUGCUUUGAGAUAUCUGUCACAGACCACGAGGCCGAGGAGUUGGUGUCUGGCACUCAUCUCCAACCCAUAUCCUUUUCAUAAUUCGCUAUAA